CCGGAAACCGACUUGAACCCGAAAAUGCUGCAAAACAAAAUUGUGGCAGCCAUUCCUCUGUUCCUUUUCUAGAGGAUUUUGCGAUUCUGGUUGUUCUUCAUCAGUCAUCAGGUUCUUGAAGUUGACCGGUGAUGGGAAAUAGGCCAGCAAAGCCGGAGAGAGAUGAGGUGCUUUUGAAGAUUGUGCCUCCUCUAGAUCAAGCAUACGUUCGAUGGCUAGCUCGUGACCUCGAGAGGAUUCAUGGCUUCACUCCAAGAAACCCUCGUGCUGUAAGGCCACCCGAUCAUUACAUAGAAUACAUGCGCUUACAGGGAUGGUUGGAUGUCAGCUUAGAUGACCCCGACCUUGCUCGUCUACUUAAAUAAUGGAGUAAAUCAACUGCAAUACUCUUAAGAACAUGUAUAAACUUCAAAUUGAUGUUUAGUUUUCUGUACUGGUACAGUGAGAUUCAGAUGCUG